AUGAUCUUAUCUGGGUUAUUGACAACUACCACCUUAACAAUAUCAUCAGGAGAAGCUCUUAUGACACCAAUUCAGUUGUCCUGGGCUAACUUGAUUGUGCCUGUCCUCGGCGGCAUGGCUGUGAUCACCGAACCACCUGGAGAAAAACUAAUGAACAGGCCUCCAGUUCAGAAAACACAACAACUUAUAAACAAGGCCAUGCGGAGAAACAACAUGGCUCAAGUUGUUUACCAGGUUGUGAUUUUUGUGAUAGUCCAUUUCAAAGGACAGGUGAUUUAUGGCACGGAGCAGAAAGUCAGGAAAGCUAUGGUGUUCAAUAGUUUUGUUCUUUUACAGGUUGCCUUUGUAGAGAUUUCAGGCAUCAUCAAAGGUAAUGCAAGGUUAGAUUGUGAAAAAUGGGGCAUUUGUGCUUUAUUUAUAAGGAUUAUGGACACCACUUAUCUCUAUAUUGGUCAACUCCUCUUCACCGUGUUGAGAUCAGGACAUGUCCAUGAAGAAUCCAGAGCAUACCGCCUAUCCAAUAAAGCUGAUCCAUGGAUCACAUCGUGA